UGUCACGCAUGCGCGCUUGCACCCCUGGAAGCAAGAGACGGAGUAUCUCAGAAGUUAAGUCGAGUUAAGGCUCCUCUGCGAAAUAAAAAUGACGAACGUUUGCGUUGACAGUUUAAUCCUGAAGCUCCACGAGGUGAACGCGGCGAAGUUUGGGGAGCACAAGCUGAAGAGCGGCAUGAUGGCACCAGUUUACAUCGACCUGAGGGUUCUUGUGUCUCAUCCAAAACUCAUGAACCAGGUUUCAAGUCUCAUCUACCAGCGGGUGCAAGAGGAGGGACUGCAGUUUGUCUCUGUGUGUGGGGUUCCAUACACAGUGCUGCCUCUGGCCACAAUUAUCUGCUCCAGGCAUGAGCUACCCAUGCUCAUCAGGCGAAAGGAGGGCGAGGACUACAGUGAGUCGGGCUCGACUGGUCAACCUUCAAAAUGAGAACGUCACCUUGCAUUUGCAAGUUUAUCUGCAGAAACUGAUGGAAAUCCUGUACUCCUGGGACAAAGCGGCUGGUGGAGGGCUCAUUCCGUGAGGGGGAUACCUGUCUGAUCAUUGAGGACACGGUGACCAGUGGCAGCAGUAUCCUGGAGACAGCUCAAGUGCUCUACAAAGAGGGGCUGAAGGUGCACAAUCAAACAUUACAGUCGUGAUAAUCGCACGAUAUUGGUGCUUAACAGUAAUGGACAGAGAACAAGGUGGUGUAGAGAUGUUGGCCUCUCCGGGAAUCAGGCUUCAUCCCAUCAUCUCCAUCAGAAACAUGCUUGACUUAUUUCUGUUAACGACCAGAAAAUGCUACUCUAAAUCAUGAUACUCUAUACCCAAACACAUCCAUGACUGUACAGACUUGCCCACCUUCAAAUCUCUGACAAAAACACGCCUGUUUAAAAUUGCUUUUAAUGUUAAGCUCAGCCUUUUGUGUUUUCAGUGUACUAUUUUAUAUUUUGUUUAUGUAAAGUGUCUUUGAGUAUUUAGAAAAGAGCUUCUUAAAUAAAAUGUAUUAUUAUUAUUA